AUGCCUUUCCCCUUCCUUGCAGCAUGCGUCUUCUGGGACACCGUCGAUUUUCCGUUCCCCCAUGGUUUGCAUCCUGAAUGGAUUUAUCGCCGUACGAAAGAUUUUCUUGAGGGUAAGGGUUAUCUUGGUGCGGCUGAUACCUUGUUACUAAAGGCUUAUAUCGAUGAGAAAAACUUCCCAGAUGGCUAUCGGAAUGACAAAGUCACCCUCCUUCCUAUACCUAUACAAGGGGGUAAAUAUACUCGAGCUGACACUAUGUUAGUGGACAUUGUUCUGUGGGCAAUGGAAAACCCUGCCACUUAUCACAAGCCAGUGGAUUUGAUGGUAAUCUCAGCAAACGUCAAAGAAGGAUCAGACUUCCUCCAUGCCCUUGAAUCUCUGCAAGACAGACAGAUACUACAAUAUCGCCUUAGUCAUGUCUGCUCCGCCCUUAUCAACUAA